ACGGAGGCUUCCGAUAGAACGAAACGCUCUUUCGGAACUGUGCCAGAACGCGUCACCGCGGAGAUAAAUAACGAUGGCUCUCCCGGAGACGUUUUGCGCCGCGUUUCAUGACUGCGAAAAAGUGAUCAAGAUGAAAUACACGUCGUUUGGUGCCACUGACCUCACAGUUUCAAAGAUAGCUCACGGAUGUUCGGGACUGGGUACCUUGACGGAUGAUGCGACUCAAAGUGCGGCUAUUGAAGCUGUGCACGAAGGCCUGCGUUCGGGCAUCAACUACUUGGACACAGCUCCCUGGUAUGGGCACGGUAAGGGUGAAACGCUCCUCGGCAAGGCUCUAGAAGGCGUUCCUCGGUCGGUGUACCAUAUUGCUACCAAGGUGGGUCGAUACGAAGCAUCCUACGACCGCAUGUUUGACUUCAGUGCUCGAAGGACGCAGCGUUCGGUCCAGGAAAGCCUGCAGCGAUUGGGGCUAAGAAGCUUCGAUGUCUUACAGGUACACGACGUGGAGUUUGCACCGAGCGUAGACUACAUCAUUGAAGAAACGCUUCCCGUAUUGGAGUCCCUGAGGCGAAACUGUAUUACAAGGUACAUCGGCAUUACCGGGUACCCACUCAGCACUAUAAGAGAAAUAGUCGAAAAGAGUCCCAUAAAAAUAGACAUGAUACUGUCCUACUGCAGGGGUACUCUGUUCGACGAUACUCUCCAAAGCCAUGUCAGUUUCUUUGAGGACCGCGGCUUGGGAAUAGCUAACGCUGCAGUAUUAGGCAUGGGGUUACUCACACCAGGACCACUACCUUCGUGGCAUCCAGCGCCGGAAGAGAUUCGUGAGGCUUGUUGCAAUGCCCAGCGGUACUGUCAGAACCUUGGAAUUAACCUGGAGAAGCUCGCUUUGUGGUACAGCAUGAACCACUUCCAGGGAAUUCACACUACGGUCGUCGGCAUGACAACGCCCGAAAUGGUCCGACAAAACUUGGACUCAAACACGAUCAGUACACGGGAACAAGAGGCUCUAAAUCACAUCCUUGAAAGGUAUUUUGCGCCACUUCAACUGAGACACUGGGAAGGACGAGAACUGGCGAAGGUGCGCUCAAAACUAGCGAAAAGGUGAAUGAGAAUCUUGUGGCAAUCGUAGCAUCCUUCACCACGUGUUCAAGACGUCGCCAAGAGGCAGCUCAUGUUAUACGCCGAGGUGAAAUUUCCUGAAAGGGGUUUCUCUGUCGAACCGGUUGGUGAUUCCACGGCAUGGUCCUGACGCGCUGUAAGGCACAACACUUAGGGUUGCCGAGAUGUUACAGAAAUAUACACUUAUGUACCUUUACUUUUGAAUAAAAAAGCUGCAAAUAAGUUUA